UCAAGCAUCGCGUUUCGUAACAGGGCCAGGUCAAAAGAGUCCGAUACUGGCCGCCACAACACAGAUCAGAUCCCAACUGCAAUCACGGCCAGCCCAGCGUCCGAGUCCGCAAUGUGGGUCUCGCCAAACAGUUGUGGCCAAGGUAUUCGCCGAGACACCUAAGGAAAAAACCCGUGCAAAACGCUCGCGAAAAUUAUGUAAAAGUCUGUGAACGUGAAUUUAUAUAUAUAUAAAUAUAUUGCCUAUUUGAAACCAAAACGAUUUCAAAAUGAUCGACGAGCAACAUCCCAUGCAGAUUGGAAUGUUUCCAAUGGACAUAAAAUGUCAACAGCAGCAGCAGCAACUGGGAGCCGGAAUGGGAGUAGGAAUCGGAGCAGGGGCAGGAGGAGGUACUGGCACAGGACAGCCGCAGGCCGGGGGCCUCAAUCAACUGCUGUUGAACGGAAAUGAACGCAUGUUAACAACACCAGUAACAUCGGCAGCAGACGGAGGAGCAGGAGCAGCUGCCACAGGAAGGACUACAGGCAGUGCCAAGGCCGGACACAAUGACAAAAUGGCGUCAGUCAGCAGAAAUGUCAACGGAAGUUGCAGCAACCACAACAGCAACAGCAGCAGCAGCAACAACAAUGCCAUAAACAAGCAACAUCAGCCGCAGCAGGGAAUGGGACAGAUGCCGGGCCCAGGAGCCGGACCCGGACCCGGACCCCCUCUCUGCAACCGCAUCACCUUGGGCGAGUGCAGCCUCAAUGGGAUGGAUAGCUUUGCGACGCCAGCAGCACCUCCGUCGGCAUCCAACACACCGCAAGCGCCUCCGGGAAUGGGUUCGGGUGCGGUCUCGGCUCCAGGACAGGGACUGGGCAUGGAGCUUAUCGGUUUGGGCCUUGGUCCUCCCCAUCCCCAUUCCCAUCCCAAUUCGAUGCCAACGAGUCAGUGUGCCCACUGCUGCCAGCCAAUUUGUGAUCGCUACAUCAUGCGCGUGGUGGAGAACUCCUUCCACGAGGGCUGCCUCAAGUGCACCGCCUGCUCGCUGCACCUGGUCCACUCCUGCUAUGCGAGGGAGGGCAAGCUCUACUGCCGCCUCGACUACGAGAGACUUUACAUCCGCAAUCGUUGCCUUGGCUGUGGCCAUAAAAUCGCCGCCGAUGAGCUCGUGAUGAGGUGCCACGAGAACGUCUUCCACCUGAAGUGCUUUGCCUGCGUGGUCUGUGGAGCCCUGUUGAAGAAGGGGGAGCAGUAUGUGGUCAAGCAGGGACAGCUCUUCUGCCGCUUCGACUACGAGAAGGAGGUGGAGAUGCUGCAGGGAUAUGACUUCUACGGAGAUGAGCUCUUUCCGCCCAAACUGGACGGAAGACGCGGACCCAAGAGACCCAGGACCAUACUGAACACACAACAAAGGCGAGCCUUCAAGGCCUCCUUUGAGGUGUCGCCCAAGCCCUGUCGCAAAGUGAGAGAGAAUCUGGCCAAGGAGACUGGUUUAAGCCUAAGAAUCGUGCAGGUGUGGUUUCAGAACCAGCGGGCAAAGGUCAAGAAGAUACAGAAGAAGGCCAAGCAGGAGCCGCCCAGCAAGGGGGCCAGCGACUCGCAGGAUUCGCAAGAGUCCCUGGACAGCAGCCUGGCCACCAAGAUCAAGGACGAAGCACACAGCGACAGCGAGUCGCAGCUGGAGUCGCCAUACUCCGCGGCCUCCGAUGGACUGAACAGGAUGCGCUGCACCAUCAAGGACGAGCAGGAGCAAGUGCCCUUCAACUGCAUGGAGACCAACAAGGAGAACUGCAACAAGAACAGCGAGCCCAUCCUGAACACAAUUCUGGGACUGAGCUACGCCACCUUCCAGCAGCUGAUGGGACCCUUUGCCCAGACGCCGAUGAUCAAUCCGAUCGAUCGUCUAUAUAGCAUGCAGAGCUCUUACUUCCGGCCGGAGGAGCUGCAGGCGUACGGCGAGUGCGGCGUCAAGGACUCCACGGAUCACUAGUCUGGCCGAUUUCGAAUUUUAAGCCCAAAUCAAAAUUAGACCUUGUAAAAUAAAAGAAUGUUAA